GAGUUCCGUGUGUCUCCAAGCCAAUCAGGGCGAGCGGAAACAGGUCAGGUAGCCGAAGAGGACCUCAGAGAGAGCGCAGGCAGGGCAGAGCAGCCACGCACGGCAGGAGGUCAGUGGACUUACCGGGGGGAUUAUGUCCAAACCUUCGUCCAACGUUAAGGCCCUUCAGGCUAAUUUGAACAUCCCGAUGGGAGCUCUGCGUCCAGGGGCGGGACAUCCUGUCAAGAGGAGAGAGGAGACAGUAGAAACAGAAGAGGCUCAUUCACCAGACCAGCCAUGUGCUGCGGCCCCUACGCCGGAGGAGAAGAAGGCGUUGCCGGGUGCGGUGAAACUGCCUGGUCCUGCUGUUAACCUAUCAGAGCUGCAGAACGUCAAGAGCGAACUACGAUGGGUCACCAAGGAUUAACAUGAUCCCCAGCCAGGCGGAGAGGAAGGCACAUAAUCUUCAUACACACAGACUUGCCCACUGCCACUGACGACUAACAAACUACAGUCUAAUCCCAACGAGUCUGGAAACAGUAAAAGCUUUCUGUGAAGCCAAGGUCUGACCAACAAGAAGCAGGCAUCCAUACACUCUCUUACAGUCUAAUAGGUUGAAACACUAUAAAUAUCUUUAUUUAUCUUAUGUCAGCAAAGAUUGUUUUAUCACUAAAUCCAAAUCAUCAUCAUCAUUUGUACAAAAAGCUAAGUGCUUUCGAGAUAAAGCGAGAUAUUCUGACUUGUUUCUGCAGCAGAUAAGACUCCACUUUACUUGGACUUUUAGAAGUAAGUGAGUUGUAUUGCAAUAACAGGAUAUUCUUCUGCAUAUUCUUUCUUUUUUGGUUUAGUUUUGGGGGUUUUUAAGUUUAAUUUUUAAGUUUGAAAUAGCUGGUUUAUAAGGACUUGGUUAUAAUAGGUAAAAGGAUCCUUUCUGACUCUGUGAUGACCAACUUGAAGACAUUUCUUGUCCAUACUGUCAAAACUCCAAUUUAUACUGAUGCUUUCUAUUAAAUUAUACAUUUCUAAAUGCUAUGACAAUUUGUGAUGGGAUUCAAUUGUACUGUUUUUGGGUGGGGGAUUAUAAUGUUUUUGUUGUUUCAUUGUUAUGGUUCCCAGAAACUGGUAUCUUCAGGAAUAUUGCAAUAAAUCAAGAUGGUUAAAAAGUCCAAA